AUGAGUGCUGCUGCAGUGGUGUGUGGAGAGCUGGGAUGUGGGGAGGCUGUAGAGGCAGUGACAUAUGCACGUUUUGGAGAGGGAUCAGGACCAAUCGUGAAGGCUGGAGUGCAGUGUACAGGGUCAGAGUCCACACUGAAGAACUGUAGAUCAGAUGAUGGGGCAAUUCCACGCUGUGGUCAUUAUUAUGAUGUUGGAGUCGUCUGCUCAGGUAAGGGGACCAGACUAGUUGCUGGUUCUAGUCUGUGUUCUGGGAGACUGCAGAUGCUUCGUGGAAGUGAAUGGAUGACGGUGUGUGAUGCUGCCUUUGACCAGCAGGAUGCAGAGGUGGUGUGUAGAGAGCUGGGCUGUGGGGUUCCUGUAGAGGUGCUGGGAGCUGCUGCUUUUGGUAAAGGGGAGGGUGAGGUGUGGUCAGAGGAGAUUCAGUGUAGAGGCAAUGAAUCUAUGAUUUUCUUCUGUCCAACAUCAUCUUCAAAGAGACGCAACUGUCCCCAUGACAACGAUGUGGGAAUAAAAUGCACUGGAUACACAGACUUCAGACUAGUGAACGGUCCUGACUCCUGCUCUGGUCGAGUGGAGCUGCAGUACCUCAGUGAGUGGGGAACAGUGUGUGAUGCAUCGUGGGACAUCAGAGACUCCAACGUCCUCUGUCGACAGCUGAAUUGUGGGAGUGCUGUGGCUGUAGUGGGGGUGGACUGGUUUGGGAAGAGCAUUGGCCCAAUACGGGCUGAUGUGUUUGACUGCCAAGGCAACGAGACACACCUCUCAGCAUGUGUCAUCUCUUCAUGGAGUCGAGCUGCAUGCUCUCAUAGGCAGGAUGCUGGAGUCAUCUGCUCUGGUUCCUCUAUGUCUGCUGGUGCUGGAUGGGUGAGGCUGACUGGAGAGAGGCAGUGUGAGGGAGAAGUGGAGGUUUAUUUCCAUCAGGCCUGGAGGAGAGUUCUCCUGGACACCUGGAGUUUAUCUGAAGCCUCUGUGGUCUGCAGACAGCUGGACUGUGGCUCUGUUGUAGAGUUCAGUGGCUCCUCUGGGUCUGGUCUAAGGGACAGUGAUGAGUGUCUGACUGGUUUCCAGUGCUCUGGGACUGAAGCUUAUCUGGGAAACUGCAGCUCACCACAACCUACAAACUGCAAUUCCAGUUCACAGCUGUCACUCAUCUGCUCUGGUGAGUUGACUCUUUCUUCUUCAUGCUUUAAUUCAGCUCACAGGUCCCUCAGACUGGUGGGUUCUGGGAGUGAGUGUGCAGGGCGUCUGGAGGUUUUCCACAAAGGCUCAUGGGGAACAGUGUGCGAUGACUCCUGGGAUAUGAAGGACGCCCAGGUGGUGUGCAGACAGCUCCAGUGUGGAGAGGCCCUCGGUGGACCGGUUCCAGCCUGGUUUGGUCCUGGAACUGGUCCCAUUUGGCUGGAUAAGGUGGAGUGCCUGGGGAAUGAGACGUCCCUGUGGAGCUGUCCAUCAGAGGGAUGGGGCCGACAUGACUGUGGACACAAGGAGGACGUGGGAGUGCUGUGUUCAGAGUUUAAAGAGAUCAGACUGACUGAAGGCUGCUCUGGGAACCUGGAGGUUUUUUACAAUGGAACCUGGGGUAAUGUCUGCAUGGACCAGAUGGACUCAGACACAGUGUCUUUAAUCUGUCAAGAGCUGAACUGUGGAAAGAGUGGCAGUGUGGACUCAAGCACACCAAGACUGGCUUCAGCUCCAAACUGGCUUGACCGUGUACAAUGCCGCAAACACGACAUCAGUCUAUGGAACUGUCCUUCUUCACCCUGGGGCCAGAAUGAAUGUAAUGCAUUUGAAGUGGCAAAAAUCACCUGUUCAGACCAUCUACCCCUCAGACUGAUGGAGGGAGAGGGCCAGUGCUCUGGGAGGCUGGAGGUUUAUCAUGACGGUACCUGGGGCUCAGUCUGUGAUGAUGACUGGGACAUUAGAGAUGCUCAGGUGGUGUGCAGACAGCUGGGCUGUGGGCCGGCACUGAGGGCUGAUGGGAAUGCUGCCAACAACACUGACUGCUCCCAUAAGGAUGAUGCUGGAGUCACCUGUACAGCUCUGUCUAAGAGGAAGCACAUGACUCUGCCUGAUGCCGUCUAUGAGGAGAUUGACCACAGAUUCCUGACUAAGAGAAGCAGUAACACUGUUCAGAGCGGUCGUGCUCUAUCAGAGGAACAGAACUCUGGCUAUGAGGAUGUGGGGGAAGAAGAGCUCCUCUCAGAGUCUUUGAUAGAGGAAAAAGCUGAGUAUUACGAUGAUGCGAAAACUACCAGUGACCGGACAAAGGAGAUGCUGACCCUGGACUCUCCAGAGAGCUACGAUGAUGUCAUCACUUCAGGACAGAACCCAGACAGUCUGAUGGCUGUGCUGCAGGCCAUCAGUGCAGCUGGCAUGAAGCUGAACAUGGUAAAAUGCACACUCAGACAAACAGAACGGAAAUUCCUGGGGCACAUGGUUACCUCAUAUGAGAUAAAGCCGGAUCCAUCGCACGUGGAAGCAGUUCUGCACACGCCCCCACCCAAAGAUGUUUCAGUCUCUGCUCCUUUUUGGGGCUCACCUCAUGGCAUCACACUUGGCUCCAACGUAACCCCCAGGAGAAGAAACGUGAUCCUAAUGGACACCUUGGUCUUCAUGUGGGAGGUCAAAUGGAUAGACAGGGAGACACAAGGGUUCCCCCAGAUCAGCCUCCUCAAAGAGAGAGCCUCCAACGUCCUCUGUCGACAGCUGAAUUGUGGGAGUGCCGUGGCCAUAGUGGGGGUGGACUGGUUUGGGGAGGGCAGUGACCCAGUGUCCCUCAGACUGGUGGGUUCUGGGAGUAAGUGUGCUGGGCGUCUGGAGGUUUUCCACAAAGGCUCAUGGGGAACAGUGUGCGAUGACUCCUGGGAUAUGAAAGAUGCCCAGGUGGUGUGCAGACAGCUCCAGUGUGGAGAGGCCCUGAGUGGACCGGUUCCAGCCUGGUUUGGUCCUGGAACUGGACCCAUUUGGCUGGAUAAGGUGGAAUGCGUGGGGAACGAGACAUCCCUGUGGAGCUGUCCGUCAGAGGGAUGGGGCCGACAUGACUGUGGACACAAGGAGGACGUGGGAGUGCUGUGUUCAGAGUUUAAAGAAAUCAGACUGACUGAAGGCUGCUCUGGGAACCUGGAGGUUUUUUACAAUGGAAUCUGGGGUAAUGUCUGCAUGGACCAGAUGGACUCAGACACAGUGUCUUUAAUCUGCCAAGAGCUGAACUGUGGAAAGAGUGGCAGUGUGGACUGGAGCACACCAAGACUGGCUUCAGCUCCAAACUGGCUUGACCGUGUACAAUGCCGCAAACACGACAUCAGUCUUUGGAACUGUCCGUCUUCACUCUGGGGUCAGAAUGAAUGUAAUGCAUAUGAAGUGGCAAAAAUCACCUGUUCAGCCCUGUCUAAGAGGAAACACAUGACUCUGCCUGAUGCUGUCUAUGAGGAGAUUGACCACAGAUUCCUCACUAAGAGAAGCAGUAACACUGUUCAAGAGAGUUUGCCAGUGAUAAGAAUCUUCCAGACCUUUCGAGCCAAACGGUUUUACUCCCGUUUAGCCAGAGAGCUCAGCGCCAAAAACCACGAGAGUCACAGGUGCAGCGGAUGUGUUUAUGUGCCCAAGUGUGUGAGAGGGGAGGGGGAGAGUCGUGCUCUCUCAGAGGGACAGAACUCUGGCUAUGAGGAUGUGGGGGAGGAAGAGCUCCUCUCAGCCCAUUUGGCACAGACUCUGUCACGCUGUAGCGAACAGCGGCUCAAAGAAUGA